AUGCCAACUGUGAAUCAUGUCAGGUUUCGUGAAAAUGAAGCUGAAGUUAUUCAAGAGGGAUCAAGAAAAGAAAGAAAGUACGAACUGAAGAAACUGACCAAAAUCUUAAAAAAGAAGAAUCUUCUACCAAAGCAUUCUGUUAAGAAAGGCAGUGGAAGCUGUGGUCCUACUUCCAUAUUGAAACAGCAGUCUUCUCAGAAAAUGGGUGUCACUGUUCAGCAGAAAUACAAAGAUGUAUAUGUUUAUGUAAAUCCCAGAAAACUGUACAGAGCUGGAGAAGACGAGCAGCAGAGGCUGCUGGAGGCCUUAUUAGGGAUUGUCCAUCAGUCUUCAUGGAGCACCAGAAGAGCAGAAAAACAAGGCAGAAAGGAUAAAGUCAUCAGUGAAGAGAAGCUUGUAGUACAUGGCUUGGUGCUAGGUAGUUCAGCAAUGAAAACAGGUCACGUCUUGAUUGCCGGGAGGACGCAGCGCGAAGGCCGCAGAGGCCCCGCCGAGCCGCGGGGCUCCCGGGCUGAGCCUGAGGGAGGAGGUGUGCCCGGUGCGGGCCGGGCCUACGGGCCUACGGGCCCGCUCCCUGGGACGGAGCGCUGGCCCCGUGUUCUGCGCACAGGAGGCGGCUCCUUCCUGCGGUGCCUGUUCCUUCGGGAAGACCGCGGGGCUGGGGAGGCUUUUGUUGUUGCUGGGCGCUGGAAGUCUCAUGAAGACAAUGAUUCAGGCAGACUGUUCCAGAGCAGCAUUUCAUCAUGUGCACCAAGUGUUCCCUAUCGGACAACCAAAAGUGUGGAUUCAAGUGACGAAAGCUUUUCUGAGUCUGAUGAUGACAGCUGUCUGUGGAAACGAAAACGACAGAAAUGUUUCAACUUCCCUCCUGCUAAAUCUGAGCCUUUUCAGCUUAGCCAGAGCCACCAAAAACAAACUGCUUUAGGUGGCAAGAAGGUCAACAACAUUUGGGGUGCAGUGCUCCAGGAGCAGAAUCAGGAUGCAGUGGCUACUGAACUUGGGAUUCUAGGCAUGGAUGGUAGCAUUGACAGGAGCCGGCAGUCUGAGACUUACAACUAUUUAUUGGCUAAAAAGUUGAUGAAGGAAGCUCAGCAAAAGGAGGCAGCGACUUUAGAUAAGGAACUGGAUGAAUACAUGCAUGAUGACAAGAAAACAUCACCAGCAGAAGAUGACAGUGGGCAAGGCUUUCUCAAACGGAAGCGGCCAGUAAAACAAAGACUAGGUGAAAGACAAGAAAUGAAAUACAAAGGAAGGUAUGAGAUAACAGAAGAAGAUUCAGAGGAAAAAGUGGCAGAUGAAAUUGCUUAUCGGCUUUGUGAACCAAAGAAAGACUUAAUUGCCCGAGUAGUGAAAAUAAUUGGGAAAAGAAAAGCUAUUGAGCUGCUUAUGGAAACAACUGAAGUGGAGCAAAAUGGUGGAAUGUUCAUAGUGAACGGCUCUAGGAGAAGAACACCAGGGGGUGUUUAUUUAAACCUGCUGAAGAACACACCUAGCAUCAAAGAAGAACAAAUUAAGGAAAUAUUCUAUCUGGAAAACCAAAAGGAGUAUGAAAACAAAAAAGCUGCUAAGAAGAGGAGAAUACAAGUCCUAGGGAAGAAGAUGAAAAAAGCCAUUAAAGGGCUUAACCUGCAAGAAUAUGAUGAUGCAUCUCGUGAGACUUUUGCUAGUGAUACGAAUGAGGCUCUGGCUUCCCUGGAUGACCUACAGGAGGGGCAUCAUGAGGCAAAGAUGGAACCUGAAGAUACUAUUGAGAUUGAUAAUGCUCAUGAUUUGGAGAUCUUCUAGUUAACUGAUGUUCUUGAUAACAAAGUCUCUAUAAAACAUUAAAUGAGCCCUUCUUUUAAUCCCAUGGCUUCUUGUUUUCAUAACCUGCAGAGACAUGGGAAAUACUUGAUGCUGAAG